CGGCCGGUCCCUCCCUCAAACUGGGCCGGACCUCACCGUACAAACCCGACCGGAUUCGUCCUGAAUGAAGUCUCGGCAUUGGCUCCGCCGUGCGUCAAUUGCGCUGCGCGACUUGUGGAGGCUGGCUGGACUUCCUUCAAUAUUAUUUCUAGCAGCAAAAGUACGAAAGAAAUGUUGCCCACAUGAUCCCCGGCAGCGGGACGGAGUGAAUGGAGGCUGCGCCGUCCGCGAGCGGAGAGACUCGUCCGUCUGCGACCAGCCGGUGAGCACCAAUCCACGAGCGGGGUGUUGAGUUCUCCAAAGACGUCCAUCCCUCGGUGUCCCCAUGCCUCCAACUCCCCUUGACGACAGAAUUGUGGUGGCGUUGCCAAGGCCGAUUCGACCUCAGGAACUGCAACUGCGCCUGGACACCAGCUACCUGGACUCCAUCACCAGCAGCAGCAGUGACAAGUCGGUGAUCAGCACUACUGUGGUGAAGAUUCGGGCGACGGCCAAUCUUGUGACGUAUAUGCCCUCAUCCAAGGGCUCCACGCGCUCCUUGUCGUGUGGAUGCAGCAGCGCCAGCUGCUGUUCGGUCACCACCUACGAGAAGGACAGCCCGAGCCUCAACCACAGCCCGGUGAGCGCCAGCAGCCCCAACCUCAGCUAUGCCGGCCCGCCCACGCCCAUGCUGGGCAACCAUGAGGCCUACAGCGCCGCCACUCUGGCCUCAGGCACGCCCAAGGUCCUCUCCUCCGUCAGGCUCAUCCACCCCAACGAGCUGGCCAAGCGGAUGACCUGCUGCCCCAUGGGCCACCCGCUGGGUCCCCUGCCGGUCAUCAUCGACUGCCGGCCCUUCAUGGAGUACAACAAGAGCCACAUCCGGGGCGCGGUGCACAUCAACUGCUCGGACAAGAUCAGCCGACGGCGGCUGCAGCAGGGCAAAAUCACUGUGCUGGACCUCAUCUCCUGCCGCGAAGCCAAGGACUCCUUCAAGGGCAUUUUCUCCAAAGACAUCGUGGUUUACGACGAGAGCACGGCGGAGCCCAACAGGCUGAGCGCUUCUCAGCCGCUUCAGGUGGUGCUGGACUCUCUGAGGAGGGAGGGCAAGGACCCCAUCAUCCUCAAAGGGGGUCUGAGCUGCUUCAGGCAGAACCAUGAGAACCUGUGCGAGCACUCGCUGCACCUCCACGAAGGUCUGGACUCGGGUGCUGCUGCUGGACCGCUACCUCACGCCUUACCUUCCACGCCGGACAUCGAGAAUGCAGAGCUGACGCCGAUCCUCCCGGCCCUCUACCUGGGCAACGAGCACGACGCCGAGGACCUGCACCUGCUGCGGCGCUACAACAUCGGCUACAUCCUGAACGUGACCACCCACCUGCCGCUGUACCACUACGACACGGGCUACUUCAUCUACAAGCGGCUGCCUGCUACGGACAGCAACAAGCAGAACCUGCGGCAGUACUUCGAGGAGGCGUUUGAGUUCAUCGAGGAAGCACACCAAGCAGGUAUGGGGCUCCUGAUCCACUGCCAGGCCGGCGUCUCCCGCUCCGCCACCAUCGUCAUCGCCUACCUGAUGAAGCACACGUGGAUGACGAUGACGGACGCCUACAAGUUUGUGAAAACCCGACGGCCCAUCAUCUCCCCCAACCUCAACUUCAUGGGUCAGCUCUUGGAGUUUGAGGAAGACCUCAACAACGGAGUCACGCCACGGAUCCUCACACCAAAGCUGAGCGGCGUCGAGACCCUGGUGUGACCGGCUCAAGGGCACUUUUUGAUUCUCCUCAUGCUGUGCGGAGCACCAGGUUAGUGGUUGCCAAAAAAAUAAAAAAAUCCCCACUGUUUGGACACGACAGACCCGCCGGAGACUCUGACACGUUUUUGUUUUUUGGAAGCUUUGGAGAAGAUACUGUGUUCUCUGAGGGAGAAGCGCUCCAGCUCCCACUGUGGCACACGGGUCAGGUCGCAGAGACGGGAAAACAAAAAGACAGUCUGGCGUGUUAACCUUCUAUUUUUAUACAUGUGACCAUGAAAAGCCUGCGGAGGCUUACUGUGCAAUAAUCGGAGAGUGGAAUGCAAAUCUUUAUCUGUAUAUAUUGAGAACAAAUGAAGUGAACAGUUCCACCUCCUCGCCGAAAAUGUUGAUGUAGUUACUGUCACGGUUAUUUUCAUGCUGGAGGCUUUUCUAUGUUGUUUGACAUGCCCCACCCCCCACGCUUGUUUUUACUCCAGCGCUGUCGGUUGAAAGGUAGCGCCAUGAAAUGCUAAAUUGUGAUUGUAGAGGGCGUAACAUGACUGAUGCUAACGGCUAACAGAAGUUGCAAAAAUGAUCAUUUUCUUUGUGCGUGCUAAAGAACCACUGAGCUUCAUUGAGCUCUGAACAAACAUUUGUGUGUGGGUGGUGAGUUCGGGUUUUCUUUCCCUGCUUUAUACAUUUUUGCCUGAUGCUAACAAUGAUAAUCAACCAAGCUUCAUGAAUGUUUGUUUAAUUAUUAUCAUUAUUUUUUAAUCAUUAGCAUCUUUUGUAACACGUUCCACAAAAAAUGCAUCUACAAAAUGUAAUUAAAGAUAGAAUUUUUCAUGUUGCAAAGAAAUUAGCUGCUAAAAGCCUAGCGUCGCUUAAACUGUAAUGGACUUGAUUUACAGAGAGGAACUUCACUAACUGGGAAACAUAGAAAACUUUACGCGGCCACCCAAAAAUCUCAGUAAAAGAAGAAGAAAGAAAACAUCACAAUGCUAAUGUGACACAACAGCAAUUUAAUGAGCUAAUGCUAGCCUUCUGAUGAAAACAAAAAAGAAAGACAGCUACAUUAAAAUACUUUUAACAAUGUCUAUAGCAAUGAUAUUAUUCAAACAUAUUCAGCUAUGUAAACAACAAUAUUUAACUAAUAUCGCUAGUCCUUUGUUGUGGCAUUUAGCGCUGUGCUAAUAUACACUUAUGUUCUGAUCAUAAAUGCAUUUUUGCCAUGUUUUAACACACACAAAUCUCUGAAUUUUUUCCUCUCUGCCACCGGGGAAAAACCAAGCUAGCCAUUCGUAACCAAGAGAAGCUGUGUUACUUUGCGACUACAGACCGCCCUAAUAUAAAGACGAGUGUAAACAGACGUACUUGCUGCAGAAACAAAACAUUGUAAACAGGGCUUCUUGCUUUAUUUCCUGUCGAUAUUUUCCGAGGCAGCUUCGUGUUUUCCGUCACCUCCCGUCGACAGUAGCAGGUUUUCAAACCGACACAUUUUCUGGCUGAGCCUGUCCCUGCUGUUGACCCUUGGGUAAAGUGAGCUGGUUGCUGUCACGUGCUGUUUUAGUGCCUCUAUCAAUGCCUUAAUUCGUGUGUCACCACUGGGCCUGAGCAUUGUUCAUCACGUGCAGCCGCAGGCUAGAUUCACGCGCGGACUUCGGAAAACACACAACGCAGCGACAGAUUUCAAAACUGGGUUUGUUGACACAUUCAGCAAAACCUCCUUGCGGCAUUUUAAAGCAGGAAUAUACUUAGUAGCUGAAAAACAAAAUCAUGACAACAACAUUAGCUUUGCAUGGUAGCACUUUAGCCAACUAGCUUCUUCCUUGAUUGACUUUGACUUUUACCAUGGAAUAAAUGAGUGCAGGAAUGAACUCAAAAGUAAGGGUUCAUUGGCUAACUGCGACCUGAUCCCAGACUCACACCAAAUGAGGUCGUGGUUAGCGCCGGAACAAAGCGGUGACUCACAGUAGAAGCAGUUUUAUGUGUGGAGGUGGGAGGCGGCGCACGUUGUCAGUUUCCUCAAACACGUCAGAUUUGCGAACCGCAGUAAUGACUACGCAUUUAAAGAGACCAAAACAAGUGAAGUGAUACUCCCAUUAUUGUUGUGAGUCGGGGUUUAGCUUAGCAAAUAUUUGUCGCACUACUGAAGCGAUGUUACGGAUAUAAGUCCAUCAUCACAAUGAACUACGAAGCCAUAACCAGCAAAUGAUGAAGUUGGAGAGUAGUUAAAGUCGUUUGUACAAAAACUGUGUUUGUACCGAAAACAUUUACGAUGUCUUUUCUACUUGGCCAUGUAGCUUCGCAUAGUGUCGAAGAAUUAGAUUGCUACCUUUGGAUCCAUACGACUUGUUGCUUGGUACUAUUUCAAGUCAACAAUAACUUGACUAUAAUGGUGCCUCCAGUUGCGUUCUGAACUGGGAAAUUCCCAGUUACGCCCCCUGGUGUGGCAAGUGGGAGAUUCCUCACAACCCUGUCUCUGCAAUCCAAGAUGGCUUCCCUGAAUGUGGACAGGACGUUGAAGUUUAGAAUAAUUGAAAUACUCCAAAAAAAACAAACAAACAUGGACUGCAGAAUUGCGUUUCCUCUUCAUGUGGCGGGUUUUCUACACGCUAACACAGCACAUUUAUCAAAAGUCUGCUGAUAUCUUGGCACACGUGAGAUGAGCUUUCAUAGACUAUUUCUCUUUUCCGAUUUCCUUUACUGGAAUGGACUGAACUCGGCUAUGAGGAAACUGUCACUUCCGAGGAAACUGAAACGCAACAUAAAGUCACAGGUACUGUAUUUACAUUUCGGAACGUUAGCGUUAGGUGUAAGUCACUUUCCUUGUAAUAACGCCUGACAGAAUAGUUUUUCAAAUCGGUUUACAAAAGCUAAUUUAAGAGAGGCUUCUUCGUUUAGCUUCUCAACGUUCGACACCACUGCGAUGACACACAAGAUACUACUUGAGUAUUCCACCAGAGGGCGCCCAAACUAAUGGAAGCUAGUUAGCGAACAGUACUGCUCAAGAUAUCUUGAAUCCGUUUACUCAAUUCUCUCUUUGCGACACAUGAAUUAGCAUGAGAAGCUAGUACUUUAAAACUGUAGCGAUUAUAGCUAACCAUUUUGUCCUCUUGAAUUGUGAAGCAUAGGCAAGUACGCUAUUGUCACCAUUUUGUGUUAUCAGGGCUAGCUAAAAGUUUUGCUGACUCAUGUUGGUUAAAACAGACAAUUCUGUUGGGUAGAAAAGUUAGGUCAAACAAGACACACUGCAGGGUUUGUUGUCUUUCUUCAGGUGGUGUUGGUGUAAUAAGUGCGCAGGGUUUUGUCGAGACAAACAAGUUUUGUUAACAUCCCGUCGUGUUCUUGUGCGCUCGAUACCAGCGCCGCAGCUUCGACUUCACCACAGUCACUGCUGGAGUGGGCUUGGACUCCACUUGUCCGAGGGCCGUCGGAGGUCUUUGAAGCCGUCGAGGACUUCAGUUGGAGCUGAAACAUAAAUCCCUUUGAAAAAGCCGCUAAUGUCGAACAGCUUUUUUUUUCUUCUCUUUGUUUGUUCUUCUGUCUGUCUGCUCCACAUGAAAGUGAAAAACAGGGCUAAUGAUUUCAACGCUUUUCAAACCCUGAUCUCUAAAGACGGUGGGAUAAUGAAACCGUGAGCAACACUGAGGAAUCUGCGCCGUCCUUCAUCACACAUCCAGCCUGAUUUACUUCCUCUUCCUUCGCUGGGUUCUGAAGAACAGAUACUCAGAUCAAACUCUGCUUUACAGUUCCCAAAUCAUCACUCUUGACUUGAUAUUGAAUAAGUUACUAUCACAAAUUCAUUCAUUUAUCCCACGCGUCUAAACCUAAUCUGUCAUCAGGUCGUGGGGGCAGCAGCCCGAGUCAAGAGGGCCAGACUGCCCUGAGCUGUUAGGAGGUCAACUGAGCCUUCUCCACGACAUGGUGUGGAGAAAUCUUUUAUCCUGUUCUCUCUGUGAGUCACAUGACCGCGGCAUCGCAAAAGUGGAAGUUUAUUUUCAUGAUAAAAGACGUAACCGUUUCCACAUCUGUGAAUCAGGCCGGGUGUGUUUCUGCGCGAGCGACCACCAUCGAAACUCCAUGAAGUUGGAAACACUCCAUGCUAUGCAAAUGUAACCACGGAUGUUGAUUUAUUUCCGCAUGUCUGCAGCCGUUCCCUCACUUCUGUUGCCGUCGACUGGUGCUUCGAACGAUAUAUUUGAUAUUAGUACUGCGUUUGUAUUCAGUAAAAGACAGAAAAAAAAGCUGAGCCAAUGUAUAUUUCUGAGAUGUUGUGGGACCUGCUGGUUCUGUUUGUGACCGUGCAUUACUCUGGUGGGACUCUAAAGCAUGUGUGUGAUUCGGGGGCUGCUGGGGGACCCGGCAGUCGUCAUGGUGCUGUCAGUCUCUCCUGUAGAAGUCACAGCUCUGAGGCCUCCAGGUCUGUUCUCUUCAUUUGUAUCAGACGAUGUGCACUCUUUACCUGCAAGUCUCUGCGUUGGGCUCAGAGGCUCCAGUUCUGUGUGUCUGUACUCCAAGUAUAAACAGUAUGGAAAUAUAUAUAUAUAUAUAUAUCUAUUUUCUUUGAAUGCAUAUAUUCAUUACUAUUUUUGCACUGACCUACGGACAAAUGGAUUUAUUUUUUCCACAAAGGUGCUACUCUGACGGAGGCCUUCUUCUCCCACACCUUGUUGCAUGACGCGAGGAAGUAACCCUCAGCAGGUUUUUGUCAUCCUUCCGAUUGAAGCACUGUCAUUUUGUAAACCCGACUCGUGAGCUUUCAAAUAAACAAGGAGGCUUCUGGUGGCUGUGGGGUCCUUGAUGGUCUUUGUGAUGAUGUCAUCAUUCUGCGUCGGCAGGUGCGGAGACUUUGCAACCAAAAAUAUCUGAUUUUGCGCGAGAUUGAAAAAAAAAAUAAUGCGGGGAAAGUUGCGAUCAUUUAUGGAUCUGGAACGUGAUGAUGGGAAAUAAGGGCUUUUGCAAAUUUGCUAGUGUCAGUUUUUAGCCUAAAAUAUGAGUAUUUAAAGAACACCCACUCAAAAUAAAUAAAUGAAUGUACAGGGCCAAUAAUUCUGUGACUAGUUCCGGGCCGACAGCGGGUAGUGAGCGCUCCUUGUUUUAUUACAGAGCUCCUCACCAGGGCGGAGACUGACUGACGUUUGGAUGGGCGGAGUCUGAAAGUUGGAAAGUGUCAGAAAUAGCCUGGAGAGAGAUGGAUCUGGCGGUCAGCCAUGUUUGUUUACGUCCGUCCCGUAUAGUGUUCGGGUCACGAUGCACAUUUCAAUACUGGGGAUUUGGACAUUUAGGAAUGGAUUCAGGAUCCUUCUUGUCCGAAUUGCGACCCCCUGCAGCAAUAUUUGUGUGACAUCGCACAUGACUUCAUCCCAACGAGGAGGGACUAUGAUGCCGCACAUGCUGUGAGGGGGGGGCAAUAGGAGAGUCAAGUGGAAUUGGCGGGAAAGUUGCAGAGCUCACGGGGAUUGCAACAUCACCAUCUCCUGACAAAGUAUGGAAAAAAAUGUUUCUCUUCCGAUGCACUGUUGAUACACAAUACAAAAACCGCAAACUCUUAAAAAAAACAUUUCCGAUACUGACAAAUGACAAAUACAUGAGUCACAGAAAAACAUUUUUAUUAACCUGACAAACUUGCAACAGCUAACGCUGUUAGCCGCGGCUAAUGGCCAAUAAGAAAAGAACUAGGGUUUUUUCAGCGGCAUGCUAAAGGUGGCUAGCGCGGACCACAGUAGUAGCUCUUACUGCAGUAGCGAUACCGUGGCCAAUUUGUAUCGCAUCCGGAUGCAACGUUUAAGUAUCACUCGAUGAGCAGAGGACGCCUCGAUCAUGUGACCUUCUGCCAAAUUCCUGCUUCUCUUUGGCUGCAAACCAACAAACAUCAGCGCGCUACAAUUAAGCGGCUCAGUGAGAGCUAAACAAGUGUCUAUUAAAAAGCGCUGUGACAUUUAGCGGCGCUCUUGAGCGCAGACUCGUCUGGUUCCACUGAACCGUGCGUGACAUAGCUGCCGGACUUCUGGGCCUAAAUUUACUCCCACUGCGUCGGCCGUGGCUUUUGGGCGGCUGUGUGUGAGCGGAUGCGUUGGGAGGCGCGCCGCGGGGUCAAGAUCCCUCCACAGGGACCAAAAUAGUUCUGAGCGUUGUUUCUAAUUACGAGUGAUGAGCGCCCCGCCUCAUUAAUCCUUUCCUAUCAGCGGUGGCAGGCGGGCAGCACCAGAAUAGCUCGGGUCUCAUGGACGUAUUAGGCAAAGCCGGCGGCGAGGAGGGCCCGCCGUGUUCCUCCUGGUCGGCAGGUGGGGUCAUCCCUCAGUCUGGAUCUACAUUUUCUUCUUCUCUUUCUCGCGGUUUUUACUCCGAGUUAGUCAACUUGUUCUCCAUCUGUCACUGCUAACUUCAGUGUUUUUAGAGGUGUUGCAUUCAGGGGCAGCUAAAUAUGUCGGGCAUUUCAGCUCCAUGUCAUAAUCGACGCCAAUCAGGGUGAACACAUUUGUGUACCUCAAAGUCUCUUAGCUGGAGGACAGCUUCGGCAAAUUCCCAGCAACAAAGGGUGUCAGAAGUGGGAUGUCUAUUCAAGAUUUGAGAUUCAAGAUGCGUUUAUUUGUCAUUUUUGCAUCCUCGCAAUUGGCAAAGUGUUUGUAUUGAGAAGUGCAAAAUGUUACAAAAUGAAGAGCCUCAAAUCGACUCAUGAACUUGAGUCAGUUUAGUGAGUCACCAAACAUCUCAAUGAGUCUAUCAAAGAAUCCAGGAAGAAGUUUAGUGUGCAUUAAGGCUUGUUUUGAUGAUGUGACGAAGCCUCGCCGUACCAUGUGACUGUUUCACGAAGUGAUUCGUGCAACGACUGAAGCAGCUACGAAGCUCUUUGGUCUGCCACGUUAUCAUGGAACACGCAAAGCCUUGGCCGAUGCCUUCAACCAUUUGGAUGAGAGGCUUCAUGAAGCUUCACUGAACCAUGUGUUUGACUGAGGAUCUUGUUGAGUUCCAGAGGUUUCCUCCUCCCACCUGCUGCUCCUCACCUGUCCAUCUGAAGCUGGGCACAGCCUGUUCAGUUUGGGAGGAGUCACCUCCCUGGAGCUGCUGAAACCUCCAGACGACAUUCCACCUCUGCCCCCUUUAUCCAUGGUUUCUCCCUCCCCCAGCCCCUCUCCCCGACACAUUAAGGGUCUGAGUCUGGUGUUUUUAAUUCGGCGGGAUGAUGUAACGCACAUCAACCUGCAGCGACUGGCCCCUCCAGCCUCGCUGCCUCUGCACGCAUGUGUGAGUCGUGGAGAGUCAAACCAGGCCAGUUAUCAAACCAACGUAUCUGGAGCAGAAGAAAAGAAGAGAUGGAGCAGCGACUGACUCCGGGAUGCCGGUUUGGAGCGUCACCGCAGGACCGGCCAGCGGCCAUGUUUGUCCCCGACCAGCAGCUGUGAGGUCGGUUAGAGGCUGGAAUCAAACAUGUAAAUCUCUCUUGCUUUCAAAUAUUGAAAUAGUACUUUAUUUUUUCAUCUAUUCCUUCGGCAUGCCACUAUGUUCCUGUGGUGUCUAGCUGUCCGUAUAAUGAUCUGCUGAUUUCUGCUCCCAUUAUUUACAUCAGACAUAUAGUUAUUCAUUUGAUAUCUAAUAUAUAUAUAUAUUUUUUAUUUCUUGUAAAUUAUGUGUAAUGUAAAUAAUUUUCACUGGUUUAGAAAAAUAAUUAUUUUUUAUUAUUUUUUUUAAAUAAUGA